AUGAGGCCGAUGCAUCUCUUGGGGGUCACCUGCUUAUGGAUCCUCUCAUGCGCCUUGCUGCUCGGCGGCGCUUGCUCCGAUGGGUUGCUGAGGAUCAACCUGAGCAAGAAGAGGCUGGACAAGGAAACCCUAGCAGCGGCAAAAUCGGCUAGGCAGGAGACCAACCUGCUGAGGUCCGGCGAUGGAUCUCGCCACUCUCCCGGCCUGUCAGGGGACGACACAGUUCCUCUGGACAACUACCUCGACACCCAGUACUUCGGAGAGAUUGGCGUCGGCACGCCGCCGCAGAACUUCACGGUUAUUUUUGAUACUGGGAGCUCAAACUUGUGGGUUCCGUCGUCAAAAUGCUACUUUUCGGAACAUAAGUUUGAUGCAUUGGUGUCUAUGUUCAUUCAGAUAGCGUGCUACUUGCACCACAAAUACAAGUCAACCAAAUCGACCACUUACAAGAAGAACGGAGAAACUUGCACAAUUAGCUAUGGCUCUGGGUCAAUUGCUGGCUUCUUCAGUGAGGACAGCGUGUUAGUUGGCGAGCUUGUUGUGAAAAAUCAGAAAUUCAUCGAGACAACCCGUGAAGCAAGUCCUACUUUUAUCAUUGGGAAGUUUGAUGGUAUACUUGGGCUUGGAUUUCCAGAGAUCUCCGUGGGAAGUGCCCCUCCAAUUUGGCAGAGCAUGCAAGAGCAGAAGCUGAUAGAGAAGGACAUCUUCUCCUUCUGGCUUAACCGUGAUCCCGAUGCAUCCGUGGGAGGUGAACUCGUGUUCGGGGGUGUGGACAAAAAGCACUACAAGGGGAAACACACAUACGUUCCAGUCACUCGCAAAGGCUACUGGCAGUUUGACAUGGGUGAUCUUCUCAUUGGUGGCGAGUCAACUGGCUUCUGUGCCGGUGGUUGCGCUGCAAUUGUCGACUCAGGGACCUCACUGCUCGCUGGCCCAACGACCAUAGUGGCUCAAGUCAAUCAUGCAAUUGGGGCUGAGGGGAUUAUCAGUACGGAAUGCAAGGAAGUAGUGAGAGAGUAUGGAGAGAUGAUCCUCGAGUUGCUUGUAGCACAGACAAGGCCACAGAAAGUGUGCAGUCAGAUUGGUCUCUGUGUAUUUGAUGGUAGUCACUCUGUCAGUAACCAAAUAGAAUCUGUUGUUAAUAAGAACGAGAAGCGAGGCUCUGAUCUUCUCUGCACUGCUUGUGAGAUGACUGUUGUCUGGAUACAGAAUCAGCUCCGAAAAAACCAAACGAAAGAGCUCAUCUUGGAUUAUGCGAAUCGGCUCUGUGAGCGUCUUCCGAGCCCCAACGGGGAAUCAACCGUCGACUGCCACCAGAUCUCAGAGAUGCCUGAUCUUGCUUUCACCAUAGCAAACAAGACUUUCACCUUGACGCCAGAGCAGUACGUAGUGAAGCUGGAGCAAUCAGGCCAGGCCAUUUGCAUCAGUGGGUUCAUGGCGUUCGACGUGCCGCCCCCUCGUGGCCCGCUCUGGAUACUUGGAGACGUCUUCAUGGGCGCCUAUCACACCGUUUUCGACUUCGGCGAGAGCAGGAUUGGGUUCGCCAAAUCCGCAUGA